AUGCCGGCGGUCCGGUUCAACCAGGAAGAAGGUGGCGCAGAUGGCUUCGGGUCCGGUAUUGUGGACAGGUUCAGCAAGGAAGGCUGGAACGUGAUCCUGAUGGAUCUCAGUAAAGACAAAGGGGAGGCAAAGGCAAAAGCCAAACCAAAACUGCAGUUUCUUCUUUGGGAUGUGACGAACAGAGAGACCUGGAAGGAGGCCCUUGAUUGGGCGCAAAAUGACUACGGUCGGGUAGAUGUGGUUGUUAAUAACGCAGAACCACCAUUCCCUUUGCAUGAGAAGUCAAUUGAAGAGUACGACAGAAUAUUCAGCAUUAAUGUUAAGCCUAUCUUUUUGAGUGCCCAAGUGUUUGCUCUGUUCAUGCUGGAACAGGGAUCUGGCGCUUUCAUCAACAUGACAAGCACUGGGUGCAUUCGACCUCGUCCUGGAUUCGCUAUUUACAAUGCCUCCAAAGCCGCCGUCACUUUAUUUACCAAGACAAUGGCCUUGGAGUACGCACCCACAAUUCGAUUCAACUGCAUCGCCCCUCCCGUUGGGAACACCGCCAUGCUGAGGGCUACAAUCGGUGAGGAUGAAACGUCCGCCGCCAAACUUCGCAUGGUGGAAGAUUCUCUACCUAUGAAACGAGUCACACAGCCGACGGACAUUGCGAACGCAGCUUGGUAUUUGGGUUCAGAUGAAAGUCCGUUUGUGACAGGAACCACCUUGGAAGUUGACGGCGGUCGAGGAAUUUGA